AUUGAGUUAACCACUUUGUAGAUAUAGUUUUUUUCCACCAUAGUGAUCCUACUCUUCUCGAACUAGGAUUACAAAAAAAAAAUGCACUUGAUCACCUACUUUGGCAGGCAGCUGGGCAUUCUGUUUCAAUCAAUGAUCAUGCUGAUGGUGAUUGCGGAAGUUAUGCGGAUGAAUCCACAAAAGGACACUAUGUUUCGAUAUGAGCCUCUCUCAUUUCUUGGAAUUGGAAGAAACAUAAUAUAUGUUAGAUUCAGCAUAGAGAGGGCUCUAACUAGUAUUGCUAGUGACAACUUAAUUGGAUUUGGAUACAUGUUUUACUUCUUCAAGAUUUCCACAUUUUCCUCUCUUUGUAUUAUUUAAUUCCUUACCUAUUCAAUUCAACAACAUGUCAUUCUCGUUCAAGCGAAGUUAACGGGGGAGACAUUGCAGUACCAUUCACAUGGAGGAGUGCCAUCACGAAAUGUUGAGCUACACUAAUAGCCUGAGCUGUGAGAUAGAGAUAGUGGAAGAGGACAACCAUGACGGGGCUAGUCCUAUGGCCGCCAUUGGCGAAGAAGAUGAAGAACAAGAUUCUGUUUAUGUGGCAGUGGGUAAGGGCGACACAAGCAUGGAAGCUCUGUCAUGGACACUAAACAACUUGGCUACUCGCUCAACCGUACUUUAUCUCAUCCAUGUUUUCCCUGAGAUCAAGCACAUUCCAAAUCCAUUGGGAGUGGGAAUGAUUCCAAGGAAUCAAGUGAGUGCUGAGCAGGUGGAGAGUUACAUGGCUCAAGAAAGAGGCAAGAGGAGAGAGCUCCUUCAGAAAUUCCUCCAAUCAUGUUCUAAUUCCAAGGUUAAGGGAGACACCAUCCUCAUUGAGAGUGACAUGGUUGGGAAGGCUAUCCUUGACCUGAUUCCUAUUCUUCAUGUAAGAAAAUUAGUGAUCGGAGCCAACAAAGUCCAACUCAGAAAAUCAAGAUCAUCAAGGAAAGGGAAUGGUGUAGCUGAUCAGAUACUGCAGAAUGCACCAGAAAGUUGCAAGGUGAGAAUUAUAUGUGAAGGAAAGGAAGUGAAUGAGCAGAUGAUGUUGAUGUCACCCUCUCCACAGGUCCUCACAGUCACAGCAGCUUCUACCUCUGCUAUUUCCAUGACCCCAAAAGAACGUCAGCAAAGUGAUUUGGUUUCAUGUAUUUGUUUCAAGCCUAAGUUUAAAUGAGCGUGUGACUAAAUUGCAGCAAAUUUGGGGAUUGUUAGCACCAAAAUUUACAGGUUUGGAAAUUAAAUAUUAAGAUAUGGUGUACAUGGAUGCAUGGUAUAUUUCAGUGUAUUUUCUACUUUAAUGCCAGAUUAUUAUCCAUUGCAUAUAUUGGUCGAAUUUUAGCUUACUGAGUCGAGAUUAUUGCAACAUUUCCUUGGUCAAAAUCAUAUACCAACUUGAUUUCCAAGUCGAAAUAUGGCUUUGGUUUUGAGUUCCAAAUUAUAUGUUGAUGGCACCAUUCUAAUGCCAAAGUAAUGCCAUGUAUAUAUAUUUCUCGACCAUAGGAUUUCGACAAGGAGAAAAUGCAAAAGUAUUAAGUGGAAACUUUUGCUAGUAUUUGACCAGUUUAAUUUUAAACAUGUUAAUGGAUGUGCACGAGAUCAAUUCAAAGGCACGUGGCAGAUAGUAGUGGCAAAUCUUAGUGGCAGUUUCUCAACAAGAUGGAAUCAUGUAUGGAGCGGUUACCAUUUAGCAUGGAGCAAUGCAAGAGAGCUUCAGAGUUUCUUAUCUCAACCGUAAAGCCUCAAGCAACAGUUAGUGGAAGAUAUUAGUGAUAUUAAGUGGAAGUUACAAGUUGGCUAUUGAAGUGGAGUAGUGGAAAAUGUGGCUGCAAGCUAUUAUAUUUGUACUUAUGCCAAGUGUAUGGCUCUAGUAUAGGGAGUUAUUUUCUAAGAUGUAAUCUCUACCGUAGGAUCUAGUGGCAGUUUCAUUUCAAGUUCUAUAAGUAGCAAAUCUGAUUGUAAAAUUAAGCAGACUCACACAACUACUCAAAACUCUCCAUGGAUGCCUCCAAGUCUCAUGUGACAUAUGGCUACAAAGAGACUAAGAGUGUGCUGUGAUUCUCACCUUUAAUUUUCAAUGCAAUUUUAUUUCCUUUGCCA